CGAGCAUGGCGGUAGCAACGGUGGAAUCCGCGGUGAAAGCGCUGGAGAAGCAGCUCGAGCAUGCUGCCGUGACGGACACUGACGGAAAAGACGCUGUGUCGAUGGCGAUCGGUUGUCUGCACAACGUCGAGUUGCAUCCAUACCAGAAGGAUGGCUUGGCAUGGCUCGCGCAUCGUGAACGCGCCCACGUGAACGUGAUCUUGGGCGACGAGAUGGGGCUUGGCAAGACGGUGCAAACGAUUGCAUUCGUGUGCUACUUGAACGUUGCGUACGCGGCAUCGUUCAAGACGUGCCUCGUCGUCGCUCCGUUGAGCGUCCUCCCAAACUGGAACGAGCAGUUCACUCGGUACGCCCCGCAUUUGUCCGUGGUGACGUAUUGCGGCGACAAGAACGAGCGGCGGGACCUACAGACAAAGUUUCACUCGCAAGCGAGCCCGAAAAUCCUGUUGACGUCGUACGAGCUCGUCGCGCUGGACACGACGUUCCUAAAGGCAUGUGCGCCAUGGUCGCUCGGUGUAUUUGACGAAGGCCAUCGCUUGAAAAACGCCAAGUCCCAGAUUCAUCAAACCUUGCGCGACGACGUCAUCUCGGAGCGAAAAAUGAUCCUCACCGGCACGCCCGUUCAAAACAACUUGGCGGAACUCGCCGCCCUCCUGUCGUUGCUCAACCCCAUGGCAUUUACUCCCGCGGUCUGCCUCGCGUUUACGGCGACGCAGCCUUCGCCAUCGUUGCUGCGGUCGAUUCUCGCGCCUGUGAUGCUGCUUCGAACGGUCGACGACGUCCAAGAAGCGGUGCAACUCCCGCCACUGACCAAAGUCGUGAUUCACACCGAGUUGUCGCCCAUGCAGCGGGCGUAUUACAAGCAAAUUGUGUCCAAGGGCACAGCGUUCGAGUCGACGCUGUCCCUCAUGAACGUCCUGGCGCAACUCCGGAAAGCAUGCAAUCACCCGUACCUGUUCCCGAACGCUGAACCUGAGCCGUUCGAGGAAGGCCCGCAUUUGUACAUGAAUAGUGGCAAGCUCUUUGUCCUCCACACGCUGCUGCAUGCUCUUCAUGCACGGAACCACGUCGUCCUGCUCUUUAGCACGUCCACGGCAUUCCUCGAUAUCAUCCAGGACUACUGCACGUGGCAGAAGCUGUCGUACGAGCGCUUGGACGGGUCUGUGCGCGGCGAAGAGCGCUGGCAAGCGAUCGACCGGUUUCGACACGAAGAUGCGUUUUUGUUUUUGCUCAGCACACGGGCCGGUGGAGUCGGGCUCAACCUCCAGCGCGCCGACACGGUCAUCUUUUGCGAUGUCGACUACAACCCGCAAAUGGAGCUGCAAGCGCUGGCGCGGGCAUAUCGGAUGGGCCAGACAAACGCGAUCCACGUCAUGCAUCUCGUGUGCGCUCACUCGGUCGAAGAAAUCAUGUACAAGCGGUCGCUGGAGAAAUUGAAGCUCUCGGCCACGGUCCGCGAAUGCUCGAAAGCUCGACAUGCGCUCGCCGUCGACGGGACGCCGGAAUGGAGGGACGACAUGGUUCAGUACGGGCUUCAGUACUUGAUGGAGCAGAGCGACGACGACGGGCUCCAACCGCUCACGGACGACCAACUCGAAACGAUCUUGCAUCGAGGACGGUCAACGACUGCCAUGGUCGCGCCGGCGCUUCCGACGCAGCUCGUGGACGAUGAAAACAUGUAUUACUUUGACGGCCACGAUUACUCGACGACAACCGCGGCCGACGCCACCUGCCUCAAGCAAUUGCAGCUCGACAUGGCGUCCACGCCUCGGUUGCGCAAGACGACCCCAUCGACCAUCGAAUACGAGCACGAUGCCGACGAUGCGGUCGACGUUGUGGAUGCUGACGCUCUCGCGCAGCAACGACUUGCUCGGAAGCACGCGCUGUGGGCCAAAAACAACUACACGUCGUACGCUAUCGACGCGACGUUGUCCGAGUUGGGCCAUGCGAGUGGUAGCAAUGACGACGAUGACGAAGCAUGCGCGAUCACGUACAAGACUGGGAAUGCGGCGCUGGCAAGUGGCGACGAUGUACGGCCAGCAAUCAUUUUGCAUUGUGUCGACACGAGUGGCGAGUGGACGUCGCGGGGGUUUUUUGGCGCGAUUUCGCACCGCGCACCGUACGUCGAAGCCGCGUACAGGCAGAUGAAGGUGAACCACGACUUGAAACUCGGCCAGGCGCAUUGCAUCCCUCUCGACAACCACACGUUUGUGUGUUUGCUAGUCGUUCAGACGUACCUCCACCAAAAGAAGAAGCGCACGGGCAAAACCCUCGCGGUACGACUGAAUUCGCUGCAGCUGGCGCUGGCGGCGGUCGCUGCCAAGGCGCGCCAGUGCCAUGCCACGAUUCACAUGCCACGGCUCGGAGCCGGCACCCCCGGCUUCAAUUGGUACGCGGUCGAGCGCUUGAUCAAGAAGCAUCUGCGAGCAGUGACCGUGUAUUACUUUACACCGUCCACGAAGCGGCACAAGGCGACCCAUGCAACCAGUGACGCGCUGUCGGCCACGACGAAGUCGACGACUGGGGCCGCAACCUCGUUCGCGCCAGGAACUACCUAAUACAAAUGCCGACUGUACCCUGACGGAGGUGGUGGGUGCUGAGGGUGUUGAUGGGGCUGCCACGAAGCCGGGGGCUGUUGGUCAGGACGAUGAGGGGGGUAGUUUCCGUGGGGCGGGGGUCGUUGAGGGUCAUGGUGGAAAGCAUUCGCGUGCUGAGAGUACGCUGGUGGAGGCGGGUACGGGACUGGAGGCGGGUAAUAGUACCCGGCUGAUGGAUGCGGAUCGUAGAAGCCUGGCCCAUUGUGCGGAUGACGAGGGUAUGGCGUAGCAGCUGGCGUGGGGUAUCCGUGUUGCGACGGUGGGUAGCAGCCUGGCUGAUGGUGGUGAGGUGGAGGAGCAUGGUGGUCUUCGCGAUAUUGGCCGCCCUGUGGAUACGAAUGAAGCGCGUGCUGGUACGGCGCCUGGUGGUGGCGAAGUUGGUCCCGACGGGGAGCAGAUGGGUGGCUAAAGUGCUCUCGCUGGGUGUGGUGGCUGGAAUAUCCCGACGAAGUUGGUCUGGGAGCUGAAGGGGUCGCCGCCGCAGAACUUCGCUUUCGCUUGCAUUUUUUGGCCGAUUGCUCCGCUUCAUCGUCGGAAAAGUCCAUCUCAUCAGGGCCAAGUUCUUCGUCGUACAAGUUGGAUGCGUCCGAUCCCUUCACGCGGCACUUUUCUGGCUGGACGUACGUGGCGUGCUCGGUUGCGUAAAACACGUCGGUGUGUAGAGUCGCGCCCGCUGGGAUUUCGUCGGCUGUGUCGAACCGAAUGAGGUACAUGGGCAGCGAGACGGGCCCAAACACUUCGUCGACGCACCCGAGGACGACGCGGUCGGGCAGACACAGCACACUGCCUUCGUCCAGCGGGAGUUGAUUCGGGACGCUCUGGAUCGUAAUGGCACGCUCGGCUGAGUUGACGUUCAGGAUUCGACCCAUCUUCGAGAUCGGACACUCCGCCGUGAGUUGCUCCAUCGCGGGUUUCGUGACAGGGAGUUGCGACACUUCGUGGGCGGUCACCACCGGUGCAGAGGUCAAGCUCCCCUGUUCUUCUUUCUUCAGCGCGGUCUCGAUCUCAAGGCGAAGCUUGGAUUGAUCUUCGUCGUCACUGUCUGGCUCGCUCUCGUCGUCGUCGUCGCUUGAUUCGUCCGAUGCUCCCAUGUCUGCAUCCACGUGCUCCACGACUUCGGCCUUGACCUCGCCCUGCUCCAAUUCCUCUGCCUUGAUCUCUCCCUCUUCCACGAUCUCAGGCUUCACCACGUCGCUUGGCGGGGCAUAUACUUGUACUGCAACCUCGUCUACACCCGCGUACGCCGCAGCCACCAUCACGUCGUCCAUGAACUCGGUGCUCAUGGUUGCCCGCGUA